AUGUCGUACAACAACAAAGGUUUGUUCGUUAAUCAACUGAAGAGGCCUUAUAAGGUGAACUCUCGCAACUCGACGAGUGCAAAGGCUCCUGUUGCUAAUCCUCCUCCGUGUUGUCGACAACUUUCAGGAGUCUCGGCGCUGUUCAACGCCGCCCUAAUCGCCUUUGAUCGACUGCAUCGUAAACAGGCUAGAGACGAAGUUGUUGAAUUUGGCCACCGUUGUCGUCGAGGAGCACUUGGCUGUACUCCAGGCUAG